UGUCCACGUAAAAGGCAUUACUGGGCUGGACACGCACAUCUCGUUGAAUCCUGGGGCAGGCGGCGUUACACUGGACGGCUCCAACUUAGGUAUAAAUGUGCAUGCAGACUGGAGAGUCAGUUACAAGAUUUUAUUCAGAAUCUCUGCCAGUGGAAGCGUCGAUCUGAGCGCAUCUGGAGCGUCUGUGACCCUAGUUGCUGGACUGGGAGAAAACAAUCAUCAUCCGUCUGUGUUUGCAAAAUCGUGCAGCUGUAGCAUUCCAGAUAUCGGCCUUCAAUUCCAUGGAGGAUUAGCAGCAUCUCUCUUGAAUAUUUUUAAGAAAACUGUAAGAAGAGAAAUCAGAAAAGUGCUUCAAGAUAUUGUAAGUUCAGAAACUAUAUAUUUGUCUGGGUCCCCAUGCUCUCUGGAAGUUAAUAGAGGUGGUGAGGCUCAAUCCAUGUUUAAUUUGAGUGUGACGAUUGCUGAUCGUUUCUUGCUGGACUACAGCCUCAUUAGAGCUCCUACUGUCACAGACAAUUACAUCGAGGUAGCCACCAAGGGAACCGUCUACUGGAAAGAUAAACAGGAGAGUCCACUUACGCCAGCCGUGCUGCCAGCAUUGUCUGAGUUCAGCAACAUGUUGUACGUGGAUGUGAGCGAGUAUACGGCCAACACUUUAGCUUACGUGGCACAUGUCAGUGGUUACCUCAGGCACAACAUUACUGUGGAGAAU